GCACGGGAAGGAGCGAGGGGGGCUGGACAGAAGCAGGAUCCCGGAGCAGGGGAGGAGGUGGAGGGCCACAGUCCCUUGUCCUGCAAGGUCGCCAGCUGGGGGAGGGGCCGCCCCCUCCCAGUGGAGGGCGGGGGCGCAUCACCGGGCGGGCGGGCGGGAGUUAAGCCCGGUGGCCUCGAUGCUCCACGUAGGAGCUGGCUCCGGCUGUCAGCUGCGGUCAGGGCUACCGUAUAAAUAGGGCGGGAGACCCGGGCGCCCAGGACUUCCCGCUGCCCGGGCCCCGCCGUCGCCGUCGCUGUCGCCGCUGCCCCCAGCCCGGCCCCAGGCGCCCCGGCCAUGGCCUGCCCGGUCCUCCUGCUCAGCCUCGGCCUCCUGGCCGGCCUGCUGCCGGCGCUGGCCGCCUGCCCCCAGAACUGCCACUGCCACGGCGACCUGCAGCACGUCAUCUGCGACAAGGUGGGCCUGCAGAAGAUCCCCAAGGUGUCCGAGAAGACCAAGCUGCUCAACCUCCAGCGCAACAACUUCCCCGUGCUGGCCGCCAACGCCUUCCGGGCCAUGCCCAACCUGGUGUCGCUGCACCUGCAGCACUGCCAGAUCCGCGAGGUGGCGGCCGGCGCCUUCCGGGGCCUCAAGCAGCUCAUCUACCUGUACCUGUCCCACAACGACAUCCGCGUGCUGCGCGCCGGCGCCUUCGACGACCUGAGCGAGCUCACCUACCUCUACCUGGACCACAACAAGGUGACGGAGCUGCCCCGAGGGCUGCUGUCCCCGCUGGUCAACCUCUUCAUCCUGCAGCUCAACAACAACAAGAUCCGCGAGCUGCGCGCCGGCGCCUUCCAGGGCGCCAAGGACCUGCGCUGGCUCUACCUGUCGGAGAACGCGCUCAGCUCCCUGCAGCCCGGCGCCCUGGACGACGUGGAGAACCUGGCCAAGUUCCACCUGGACCGGAACCAGCUGUCCAGCUACCCCGCGGCGGCCCUGAGCAAGCUGCGGGUGGUGGAGGAGCUGAAGCUGUCCCACAACCCCCUGAGGAGCAUCCCCGAGGGCGCCUUCCAGUCGUUCGGCAGGUACCUGGAGAGCCUCUGGCUGGACAGCACCAACCUGGACAAGAUUUCUGACGGUGCCUUCCUGGGGGUGACCACGCUGAAAAACGUGCAUCUGGAGAACAACCGCCUGACCCAGCUGCCCUCCACCUUCCCCUUCGACCACCUGGAGACACUCACUCUCACCAACAACCCCUGGAAGUGUACCUGCCAGCUCCGGGGCCUCCGGAGGUGGCUGGAAGCCAAGCCUUCGCGCCCCGAUGCCACUUGUGCCUCGCCUGCCAAGUUCAAGGGCCAGCACAUCCGUGACACGGACGCCUUCCGCAGCUGCAAGUUCCCCACUAAGAGGUCCAAGAAAGCCGGCCGCCAUUGAACAGGUCCUGAUCCAGCCAGUCCUGGUGACUGGUCUCUGCCUUCUGCUGGAGAAACUACUGACCACCCCACCUUCUUCCACAACCUCUGCUGAUGCACAGAGCUGUCCUCACCUAGACGCGUCCUGGCUGGGGGGCUCAGCACUCCAGCGUGAACCCAGCCCCACCAUCUCUACCUGCCAGCGAGGGCUCCAUCACACCUGGCCCCCCCGCCACGGCUCCUCUCAAAGAAGCUGUUGCCGAGACCCUCAAGACCUUCAGAACGAGAACUGGGCGGUCAUCAGGAUGGCCACCCUUCCAUCUGGAAACAAACAUCAGAUCCUUGCCCCGCCCCUUGUGUCCAGAAAGGGUCUUAAGCCCAUAGGCCAACUCCGCCAGCCCCUGCCUGCCAGGACGCUCUAGCAGGAUACCGGUGCUUUGCCAAAUCCCCCC